AUGUCAGUGAAAGUUGACGGCCGACAAUUACACCAUCUUCGUUUCGCUGAUGACAUCGUUCUGAUAGCAUCAAGCAUCAACCAGGUGAAUUCGAUCAAACCUGUGAAAGGAUCGGCCCUAGCUGAACCUGGAAAAGCGAUGUUCAUGAAGAACGGAUCAUAUUCACUGCCUCAGUACCCUGCACACUGGGCCCUGCCGUCUCAGACGUCGGACGGUAUGGCGACCGGUGAGAGGCGAUCAAAUCUCAGGUUGCUCAGGACGUCAUUGAUUCUGGACCAAGGCGACACACGCACGACUCGCCAUGGAGACUGUCUCAGACUGUGUACUUACAACGCGAGAACAGUUUCCACAGACGCUGACUUGCAUGCCCUUCUCGGAGCUGCAGAGCGUAUCAAAUUUCACGUGACUGCUCUGCAGGAGACCAAGUGCAGAAGGAGCGACGUACGACAGAUGAAUGACGGUACACUCGUCAUUCGUGGAGAGAAGGUUCCGUCGCGAAAUGUAGGCGGUGUUGGUUUCGUUGUGCACCCACCUGUCGUCCAUCUCGUCGAUUCUCACGAGAUCCUGUCACCUCGUCUGGCCAUUUUUCGCCUCCGUCCUCUGCGCCAAAAAUCCAUCAGUAUCAUCAACUGCUCACCAACAUCAGCAGCUGAUGAAUCCGAAUUGGACGCGUUUUACGAGGAGCUGGAGGAAGUAGUCCGCAACGAGAAGUCCUUCUACAAAUUCGUUGUCGGAGACUUCAACGCAAAAUUAGGAAAGGCCACAGAAGAGGAAUACAGAAUUGGAAGGUUUGGACUAGGGGAUCGGAAUGAAAAUGGCAAUCGUCUCGCCGGGCUGUUGUCUGCCGCUUGCCUCUUUCAUGGGAACUCUCUUUUCAUGAAAAAAGAUCAUCGUCGGUGGACAUGGGAAUCGUCCAAUGGCGCGACUCGUGCGGAGAUCGACCACAUACUCACCAACCGGAGGUGGUGUCUACUUGACGUCUCAGUAGUACCAUCCUUUUGUAGUGGUUCUGAUCACCGUCUCCUUCGUGCGAAAAUACGACUUAGCCACACGAUGGAAAAGAACAUCUGCUAUCGGCAACGAAGGAGAAAAGAAGUCGUCUACGACGAUUGCGUACUCGAGGACUCCCUGUCCCAAGGUGACUGGCACAUCGAGGAGGACCCAAACGUGGACUACGAGAUGCUGCUCAGAGGAUUACGAGCCUGUGCUGAACGUGCCUCGAAGUCGCGCACGACAAACUUGGAUCGAAUUUCGAAGACCACCAAGGAAUUGUUAGGAAGAAGAAGGGCUUUGAGGCUUGAUCCGAAUGCAUCGCACAUUGAGCGAAGCAGCACAAAGAAGAACGAGUCUAAAGAAGUGCCGCAGGAUCUCCACGAAUAUAAUAUUCCGCUAGCAACCUUGCUGAGCGAAGACGGGACUCGCACUUCUUCUUGUCGUGAGAUGGAAAUCAUUACGGAGAGGUUCAACUCGAACCUUUUCCGUUCAUCAACUCCUGUGUCAAGCCCAAUCAUCCCCACUGGCGAAGCUCCACCACGGAUUCUCCCUUCGGAAGUACGAGUCGCUAUCAAGAGCAUGAAACCUGGCACAGCCCCCGGACCUGAUUUUAUAUCAGCAGACUUUCCUCGGGCUGGUGGCCAUCCGCUUCAUGUAAUCUUAGCAGCGCACAUGACAUCCUAUCUUCAGAAAGAAAGGAUCCCAGACUAG